AUCAGAGCUUGUAUCCAGAUGGAGGAUCCGAGAGGUCACCCACCACUCGAAUUGGGGAGAUAUCUGGGCGGGAUCAUCUUCGAUUGCUGUUCGGGUGAUACUUCCUUCGGGCGCGUGUACCAGGCCGCAGUGCACUCUUUACCGCCGUCCUCAGUGCUGGCGCAAGCGGUCGGCACAGUACUGCUUUAUCCGGUGAUUGGCGUCAUCACUGGACUCCAGCAGACAGGAUGGAUGAGCUCGAUUCGGGGCCUGCGACGGCAAUUGAAUGACCCAGCGGUGUUUGGGAAGACGGCUCCCAGGCUAUAUUUGAAUUCAACAGCGGAUCAAAUGGUUCGAUGGGAGAAGGUGGAGUCGCACCAGAGAGAGGCGGCUGCCGACUUGGGGAAGUGUUGUGCAGUGAAACGGAUCGCUUUUCCAGAUAGCCCGCACUGCGCCUUGGUGAGGGAUCAUUCUGAUAGUUAUUGGGCUGAAGUUAAAAUGUUUUGG